AUGCGCAUCUUCCUCCUCGGCGGCAGCGGCCGCACCGGUUCUCUCACCCUCGCCGAAGCCCUUUCCCGAAACCACACUGUUACAGCUCUCGUCCGCCGCCCAGACGCGCUUCCUUCUCAACCAAACGUCUCAAUCAUUACCGGCACACCACUCAAUCAGGCCGACAUUUCCAACUCUUUUGCCAGUGCUCCGAGAUCGGAUCCCAUUAGAGUGGUCAUAUCCACAUUGAAUACCGGUCGGACGAGCGAUAACCCCUGGGCCAAAACAACAUCGCCUUCAAACCUCAUGGCAGAAUCCGUACGCAACACCCUGGCCGUGAUGAAAGAGCACGGCGUGAAGAAAAUGGUCGUCUUAGGAACGAAUGGAGUUGGGAGUAGCCGGGCGAACGGCGGCUGGUUAUUUAAUUGGAUCGUCGAUCAUUCGAAUCUGAAGGUUACGUUCGAUGAUCAUUAUGAGGUGCAGAAGUUAUUGGAAGCAGAGGCUGAAAAAGACGUGGACUUCAAAUGGGUCGAUGUAAGGGCGACGGGAUUGGACAAUGGGGAGAAGAAGGAGGUGAAGGAAUUUGGGAAUGAGGGGAAAGGAGUGGGGUGGUUUAUUAGCAGGAAGAGCGUUGCUGGAUUUCUGCUUGAUGCUGUAGAGGGAAGCCAGUGGGAUCGCCAGACUCCUCUGUAUUACAUGGAGUGGCAAUUGACCGUGUGCGCAAUCAUGAAUACAGAAGUGCUGCACAAAGGCAGCUGUCAUUGCAAGAAAGUGAACCUCGAAGUCCUCCACUCGCCAGACAUCGAGCUCAGCGAGUGCAAUUGCAGCAUCUGCUCCAUGAAAGGCUUCCUGGGCUUCGUCAUCGAGAAGUCUGCGCUGAAAUCGCUCCAAGGCGAAGAGAAUCUAGAGGUUUACAAGUUCGGAACAGGAACUGCACAACACAUGUUCUGUAAAUGUUGUGGCAUCUCGCCAUUGACCGUACCGAGGAGCUAUCCAGAGGGUUAUAAUAUCAAUUACAGGUGCCUUGCAAGGGACAACGUGAGGAGCAUCAACGUGACGCCGAGGGAUGGGCAGAAUUGGGAGCAGGAAAUGGCGAAAGACAUUGUUGGAAAGCACUGA